AUGCUAGAUGUUCCUGACAAUGUAUCGGAAGCCAGCUACGUAACGAGCGUUGAGGACGCUAGCCGCGUCGACCAAUGCACGCAGACGCCGCCCAGCGGGAAGCCACGGCCGCGCACGCUGCAAAGGUACCACACAACCGACCACAUCUACGAGCGAUCGCACAAAGCACACCGCCACAGGCACGAGCACAGGCCAAAGAGCCUCGGGCUCAGCGAGUCCUACCCCAGCAUCGGGAAACCGCCGAGCUAUGAUAGCGGAACGCCGACCAAGUUCAAGGUGAGUCUCACAGACAGCCCGACGAUCUCUAUCAGCCCGCCCCACAGCCUGGACAACAUCUGCCAGAAGACUGGGGGCAGCCCCAACGGCAGCGUCACCCCCAACGGAAUGCUGUCCAACAAGUCCACGGCGACCACGGUGCUGUUGAGUCCCGGCUACCUUCAGAGCCCUUGCCAGUGCAGUCAGUCGAUAAAGAGCGUUAGUGAGGUGGCGCUAGCGAUGCCAGCCGCUCCCGGCUGGGGCGAGGAGGCCCCGGGCCACGCGUCCGACGGGCUCUCGUGGCGGCGCCUGCACAUGUCCCGGGCGAAGCUCAAGGCCACCGCCACCACUUCGGAACUAUUGUCCGGUUUCGCUAUGGUGGCCAUGGUGGAGUUGCAGAUAAACGAGCCUACUAACGUGCCCGAGUGGUUGUUCGUGAUGUUCGCGGUGUGCACCACUGUGCUAGUGGCGGUUCACAUAUUCGCCCUGAUGAUCUCCACCUACCUGCUGCCGAACAUCGACGCGGUGAGCAAGAUGGAGACGCCGGGCGGACCCACCAGAGCCCUGAGGGACUCCCCCCACGAGCGGAUGAGGGGAUUCAUCGAGCUGGCGUGGGCCUUCAGCACGGUCUUAGGUCUGUUUCUGUUCCUGGUGGAAAUCGCUAUCCUGUGCUGGGUUAAGUUCUGGGACUAUUCGUUCGCCGCAGCCACGGCGGCCACCGUCAUAGUCAUACCAGUGCUCGUAGUGUUCGUUGCGUUCGCGAUCCACUUCUACCAUUCCCUGGUUGUGCAAAAGUGCGAGACUUCUGUGCAGGACAUCGAGCAGCUGGAGAAUAUGAAGCGAGACCUUGACACGGCCACUGUCAAGGUCAACAUGUUU